AGACUCCGUCGCUAGGAGCCACUCCACCGAGAGCGAGAGGGGAUGGUCCCGUUCAGUAGUAACCAAGACACGAGAAGCCCUGAAUGGUACUUUCAACAAUGUGCUUUGUGGCAGCGCUAACUUUUCGCUCUUGACAUCCUGUCAAUUAGUUUAUAUAGUAGCCUGUCGAUUCGUAGCUUAAUCGUUUUGUGAGCAAGCUUGUGCACAACGGCUUCUGUCAAUGUUUUCAUGUUCCGUAACGUUUUAUAAAAUAUAUACAGUUUCUUCAUGGCGUCUCAACAGCAGUCGAGAAUUCAGUCCUACCUGGAGAAAAACAAAAUCGGACCUUUGUUUGAGGAAAUGAUGACCAAACUGAUCACGGAGACACCGGACCACCCCAUUCCUUUCCUCAUCAGCCACCUGCAGAGCAAGCAGGAGAGUCCGGGCAAGCUGCAGAGGGCACUGUCCGGCUCAGCCGCCCUGUGGGCAGACACUGGCACCACGGAAAUCAAAGGCAGUCGGCGGGAGUUCAGGAGUUACGAGAAACCCUGGCAGAUCCAUCCCAAGAAACCCAAGAAGUCCAAGAGUGACCUGAACAUGUCCAACAUCUCCCCUCCCUCACCAGAGUCCAAAUCAUUGCCGCGCUCCAUAGAGCGCCCCCCGUGGGACUGGAGGAGUAAAAGAGGAGAGGAGAGUCAUGAUUUUGAUGAGCUCAACCACAUCCUACAGGAGAGCAAGAAGCUGGGGAAGGCCCUGGAAAACCUGUCCCGCAGUAUCGCUGAGUCCGACGAUCAGGACCUGUGCUUGUAUAACUCGUCGGUGCUGAGGCCGCGGGUGGUGGGGGAGUGGGUGGGCCGUGAGGAGGACGACUCGGAUCCCCUGGCGGCCGAGAUGCUGCAGCCGCCCGUCCCCAGAGCCAAGACCGAGAGCUGGGGGAGCGGAGAGACCAGCCCCGCUGGGAGCCUGUCGAUGGAGACCAAGAGCAAGGGCCUGCGGCAGCAGCAGCAGCACCAUAAGAAGCUGCUGGCGGCCAUGUUGUCCCAGGACUCCUUCGACUCCAUGCCCAGCUCCGCCCCCUCUGUCACCGAGGACGAGAUGGAGGAUGAGGAUGAUGCCAUGGAGCUGCUGGAGGACCUGGAUGAUCUGCGUAUGGAGGGGGUCACCGGUCUGGCGCCAUCUGGCAGCAAGUUCAGCCAGGGCCGCAGCUCCUACUGUCCUGAGCCCCAGGCCAAAGUCACCCUUAACAUCUGCUCCAGGUGUGCAAGGCUUCAAGGGGACAGUCUGACCAACACUGGAGCGGAGGAGGAGUUCAACACACACACACACACACACAUGUGCAUCAACCAACGCACACAUGAUAAACUUACUCUCAGACACACCAUGCUCGCUGUGGGCGAGCCCAGCAGGGCUCAGCAUAGCGGGGCCAGACCGACAUCUCUGCAGGCAGGGCACCGCGCACUCCGCCAGGCCUGGGAGCCCAUUGGCCAGCCCAGAGCAACUCAGACGGGAUUCAGUGGGGAUGCUUGUCGUGAGCUCAGAGCCGGACGCAAGUUCCGCCAGCUGGGCCCACCAAUUACGAGUGACCACACGGACACACAUGGCGACCGCUCUCCCACCCAGCCACACGCCCCUCAUGCCCGUCACCCAGUGUGGCUGACCGAUGUGAAGGCCAACCGCGGGGGAAGCCCACUGAGCCAGCGCAGUCUGCAGCUGCAGGAGUCACUUUUCUCCAAGGAGCUGGAGGACAUGGGCAAGCAUCUCGCUGAGGUGGAGAAGGACCUGGCCAAGCUGACGGAGAACUCCAAGCUGCCCAGCCGGAGCCCCAACAGCCCCCACAGCAGCCUCCUGCUCACCCCUCUCCUCCACACCUCCCUGCCCCCCCUGGGGCCCAGCUCCCGGCCACAGUCCCCCAGCGGCAGCAGCCUCGGGGCGGGCAAGACGUCCAGCUCCGGCGGCCUUCCCCUGCCCCUGCUCAGCAGCAGCAAGCCCACAUCACUCUCCAUGGGCCGGACCACGUCGCUUAGCAACCCGGGGAGCCAGAUGCACAGCCCCAGCGGGGCAGGGGGCGCGAGGACGCCCAGCCGACCUUUGACCCCAAACAGUCUGAUGACGCGUUCGCUCACACCGGGGAGCUACAGCAGCGGCAGCGGGGGCAGUAAGGAGGGGACGAUGCUCUUCGGGAGCCCCAGGAGUUGCCGGAGCCGGCCAGUGACGCCCACGGACAGACAGACGGCCCGGCCGCUGCUCACGCCCCCGGGCCUCAGCACCAUGGAGAGCCUGGGGAAGAUCUCGGGCACGAGGAGCGCACUGUCAGAGGAUGAUUUCUACCAGCAGCUCCAGGCCAUCAGGCAGCCCUGGCGCAUCCCCAGCGACACAGAGAGCGACAUCCUGGAGCCCCCCGAGCAGGACAAGUGUAGCCAGAGCGUGCGGGAUGCCAAUAAAAGAUCUGUCUUUUCAGGUCUGUAGCAGCACAGGAGCCAGAGACUGAGACCGACACCCCCACCUACCCUUAUGCAAGCUAACAGGCAUUUUCAAUACUGCGUACUGCACUGUAAAGAGAGAGACAUUAUUUUUGUAACCCACAGAAAAGAAGAUUGUGUACUUUUUUCCACGGAGAUUCAAUAUUUCGUAGCUCCAUCUUCUUUGGUUCUGUGUGAUUACUGUUCUGUGUGUGGAGUGGACAUAUGAAAAAUAAAAUAGAGAAUGUAAAAACAUUAUUUUUAAGGAAUGACAAAACCGUAGCCAUUAUUUCAAAAAAUAAAAUAAAAGCUAGAUUUUGAGCAUGUAUGUAUUUAGUUGUGGAAUGAAGGGAUAUUUAGUUGAUUCCAUGUGGCCUUGCUGCAGUAGACAUGCACACAUUGCAUCUUCCAGUGCAACCAUUAAUGAAUGUCCAUGUUUUUUUCACAUGCUCUUUUGAUACAGCCGCCAGCGGGUUGGCUAACAAUUUCAGAGACUGUGAAGUUUGCAUCAGGCAUGCUGUUUUCUUCUUUGUUUUAUUAUUUUUGUUAUAUGUAAGAAAUAAAUGCAUAUUUUUUACGGUUUA